AUGACAAAUCCAGGAAUAGAACAUUGGGUUGCUUUAAAAUGGCUACUUAUGUACAUAAAUAGUACUGUGCAUGUUGGAUUAGAUUUUUGCAAGAGCAACACUUCACUUGAUUUGGUUGGGUAUGUAGACUCUGACUUUGUAGAUGAUCGAGACUUAAGGAAGUCUACAACAACCUACUACUUCACCCUAGGAGGCAACAGUCUACAACAACCACUGGUUGCACUGUCCACAACAAAAGUAGAGUAUGUGGUAGUAACUGAAGCAUUUAAGGAAGCAAUAUGGCUGCAAGGAAGCUUAAAAGAAGUAAAUUUGCUGGAUGGACUUGUGACUGUACAUUCUGAUAGUCAAAGUGCCAUCCACUUGAGCAAAAAGGACGAAGCAUGUGGAUGUGAAGUACCACUUUGUCCGCGACCUAAUCUUAAGAGGGAAACUAAAUCUGAUGAAAAUUCCAACUAA